AUGAAUAAAGUGUAUGACGUAUUGGGAAGCAAAAAAUGCUCAGGCUUACCGGCUUUCCAUGCCUUAACCGGCUGCGAUUUCAAGCCUGAAUUUUACCGCAAGGAAAAAAGGAAACCGUGGGAACAGUAUUCUGCCAAUGAAGAUUUCCAAGAGCUUUCAUCGCAUUGCAAAGCCCAAAUAGCGACAAUUACGAAAGUGCAUUUACCACGCUGGAGGACUUUGUAUGCAAAAUCCCCAAAAGAAAGCGGCGCUAAUAACGAGGAAGUCAUAUCGAUGUAUCCAAAUUUUGAUGAUGAAGAGGAUGACGAAUUGAAUAAUGACGAUGACAGCGAUUGCCAAUCCGAUAUUAGCUACACAACGAGUCCGUAA